AAAACACAAAACUACUGUAGCCGCGCCCCGCGCCUGAACUUAUAAGUUUAUAGUGCCUAAACAGAAAGGAAUAAAAGCAAUUGAAGUGACAUAUUUGUAUUAAAUAUAAUUUUAAAGUCGUUUAGUAUCCUGCCUUCCAACUAAAGUGUGCAAAAAUGUCGUCAUUAGAAGUGGACCUUUUUGAUAAGUGCCCAAUUUGUACUCAAUCAUUGAAGCCGCCCAUAGGUCAAUGCAAAAAUGGUCAUAAUAUGUGCCAAGAAUGUAUGAAACAAGCAAAAAUAACAGAGUGUCCUAUCUGUAAAGGGCCUCUUUCCGAUACAAGAAAUUACACUUUAGAGAAGCUCCUGACGAUGAUAAUAGAAAGUAACAGAACUACUUGUAUCUACCAUCCGCAGGGUUGUAAAUUUACUGUAUUGCUGAAAGAUAAAGAAGCUCACGAAGCUGAAUGUAGAUAUCGAACAUACUUAUGCGAAGGCCACAUAUUUGCUAAAUGGCCUUGCAGCUGGUGGGGAAAUUAUGCCAAUGUAUAUCAGCAUUUUAAGGACUCUCACAAGAAUCAUACCACUAUGAAUUUCAAAACGAAAUCUACCAUGAAAAUUAAUUUUUUGAACACUUACGAUAUUCAAAUAAUUUCACACCCUUCGCAUUACUACUUUUAUUACAAACACAAAGUAGACAUGGAAGCUGAGAAGGUUUACUGGACAUUUCAACUCAUCGGUCUGCGAAGUCAAGCCAAACAUUUUUAUUACAGUUUCAAAAUCCACGAUGGUUGGAAGAAAAUCGAAGUCAUCGAAAUGUGCCACAGCGAUUCAGUGGAUGCCGAAGAAAUCUUUCAAUCAGAAAAAUGCGUCGCUAUUUCAUUUGCCUCUCUUAAGAACUUCUUAAACGAUCAGCAAGAAAUUUCUUUUGAUUUUAAUAUUUUUAAGCCAUAUGUGCAAGUGGAAAAUUAAAUAUUUUGAAAAUUGUGUAUUAAAAUAUGCUUUUUAUGUAUCUACAAAAUAUAUAUUGUUUGACUUA